AUGAAUCUAUUGUCAUUCUUGUUGUUCAUCGCCAUCUUUCAAUUUUCAACAGUCAAUACAAGAAGAUCGAAAAAACAUUGGCCACAAGAUUUCAACGUAACAAGUUUGGACACGUGGCAAACGAUGAAAAAAUAUUUUGCGACGGUGCCGAAAAACGAAGAAGAAGAUCAUAUCAACGUUCCUAUUCAAUAUCGAGUGAUUGGAGUGCGGUAUUCAAACGGUACCACCGAUAUUGAUCGUUCCCACUACUUACGGCCUAUUCUUGCUUUUAUUGUAAAACCGAAAGGAUACAUCUUCAAUUUGGCUAAAUGCUAUGUUGUGCUCAUAGUAAUGUUACUGAUCGUUCUUGUUGCAUACACUUCCCAUGGAAUGUUUAGAUCGUCAGUUACAGUACAUGUGAAAGACUUGCAUGAUGAAAAUAAUCCGCCCAGAGAAUGUCCGGUUGCACUCACAUUAAACCUUAGAACGAAAAGAGAAGGAAAAACUCCCACUGAUGUACAUAAGGAAAAACUUGUUUUGGCGGCCAUACAGUGA